CUGGCCUAGACAUCAGAUGCACGGUUGAUAUGAAUCUACUAUAGUAGGUUUCAUAUGUGUAUAACAGUUUUCAAAAGUGUUUUCUUAAUAACAUUUUGGCAAUAUAUCUAAACAAUUAUGAAGAACUUCGGUGUUAUUAUUAUUAUUAUUAUUAUUAUUAUUAUUAUUAUUAUUAUUAUUAUUAUUCAAAAGAUACCCUAAUCAUAUGGAACAGGCCCACCACAGGGGCCACUGACUUGAAAUUCAAGCUUCCAAAGAAUAUGGUGUUCAUUUUAAAGUAAUAACAGAAGGUAAUGGGAAAUACAGAAAGGAGAGUUCAGUUAUUCGAAAAAAAAAAAUGAUUUAAUAGAUAGAUAAUAAUGUGUGGGUAAGUUUUGGGCAUGAAGCUAAAAUUCCGGAAAAACAAAACCAGCGCUAGGCCUAAAGGAAAACUAUAUGUUUCAGGUGUUAUUAUUUCAGCCCCAAACGCAUUUGAAGUCGUGGUUCUUUUCUGAAGUAUUUUAGGAUUCCAUCCCUUUAACUCGCCCCAAGUAGGAGUGGAAUUCAGAAUUUAAUAUUCCCUUAGGAAAGGAGGCAAACAUUGAAACGAACACCAGAGAUGAGAGAGGGGGAAAAAUGUUGAAUAGCAACGUCUUCCGUGCCCUAUUUUUAUUCCUGAAAGUUACAUUUGUAAUUCAAAUGAGAUGAAGGAAGAUACCAAGCGCCUUUGUCUCCGUGUUUUCUCCAAGUAAAAAUAUAACAAACUUCUGGGAAGUAUUUCACAUAGGAGAACGGCGCGAGGAAACAGAGUUUUUUUCCCAUCACAGUAGGUGUCUGAUCCGUUCUCUUAAAUAAUUAACGGAUACAGCGCCCGUUCUGCCAAUCGACGACAAAACUGGUAGUUAAUGGAGUUAUUCCUUAUACAAGUAACGUUUUAAACUCACAUUAUCACUCUCAAGGGAAACAAUAGAGAAGAUUGAGUAUUUUUGUGACAUUACAUAUCUCGUUAACAGUAAAAAUGUUAUUGCACAGCUAAUUUAGGUGUGUUAAACUAUAUAUGUACGCUAUACAAGUCUAUGAACAACAUUUUAAGCAAUAUGUGAAGGAUUAAAGCUAGAUGGGUCACGAAAUCCAAAAAAUAAUGAUACAUAGAGUUUAAUAAUGAAAUGCAUGUCUCUUAAAUACGGUGAUUCUAACUCGCACCUGAAGCAAUGGUAACCGAGUUUGUGCGAUCAAAUGACAGCGCUGGUUAUAAAUAAAUUUACUUAUUCGUUUAGGAGUGUACCUCUUUCUCUGUCUGCGGGUUAGCUUUUGUAAGACAUUAGUCAUAACAUCUUCGGAAAGAUCAGAUAUGACGCUCCACAGAACGAAAACGGAUAUGCUUCAUAUAUUCAUGUUUCCCGUAAAAUUAAACAUAAGUAAACCACGAGUGCGCAGGUUGUGUUGGCCUUAUGCUACUACGGGCUCUCGCUCCUUGAGCAGCACCUUAAAAUACCUGUGGAUGAGACGUAAAAUAAAUAUAAGAAGAAGAAGAAAAGGAUAACGAAAAUACGCUAUCUGGAGAGCGCUACUUUCACUCCUUGUUUCUAGAGCAGCAAACCCUGAAGAACUCCAGUGUCCUUGACCUCAGUUACAGCGUAGCUCCUUGGUAGUGAGGAUAUUUCACCCUUUUGUCCCAAGACUUGUUUUCCGUAUGUUUGCUGUGUUUUAAUUAGGACAGGUUGUAUAAGCCGAUUUUAAUCAUGAUAUUGAUAAAUAGGUCUACGGUGAUGACGAUUAUCGCAAGUGUUUUUGUAGUUAGGACAAAUAAUUCUGUUCACGCUUCCUCAUCAAGUCUGUCUGAAAUAUUAAAAGCUAAAUUUAGCUCGUCCGAAAUACUGAAAGCCAAAUUUAGCUCAUUAGGAAGGACAGUACUUGACCAGAUGCACUUCCCUGACCCCGUAGAUAGUAUCAGAGGAUGCCACGACCCUCCAGGAGAAAGUAAUCCCACUUCUUGCUUUCUCGAAGAAAGUUCGCCCCCGUCGGAAACGAGACUCGAUGUAAAGUUGGAAAGGAGUGAUUUUAUAAUGGACGAUGUAUUUGAGAUGGGAAAUAGUGACGGUGACCGUAAACUUGUCAGGGAAGAUUUGGCACGUGUUAGUGAAUUAGCCAGGUUUAUCUUGUCAGUGGAUAAGGAAUCGGAGAAUGAAACUUUCAAUUCGCUGGAUUCAGAGCCCGUGAAGCCGUUGCCAACCAAUAAAACAGCAGCGGCGGGAUCACAUAAGAAUGAAACGGAUUACGAUGCGAUGGGUUGUGGUGUGAAAAACAUAAAUCCUGUCCAGGCUCGAAUUCUUGGAGGUGAAGUUGCAACUUACGGUGAGUGGCCAUGGCAAGUGGCAUUGGUGCACAUAGCAACAGGGAAGCCCUUCUGUGGUGCCUCUCUUCUCAACACACGCUUUUUACUCACGGCAGGACAUUGCGCUGCUAUACUUCCUGCCCGUAGUAUCCAAGCUUGGCUUGGGGCUCAUGUUUUAACAAAUCAAGAAAAGGGUCGUGUAGUGAGAGGAAUUUCACACAUAAUUGUCCAUGAGCAUUUUGUUCGCAAUAAUCUCAUGAAUGAUAUUGCCCUUUUACGAAUGGAUGAGCCUGUACAACUAAGUUACAGCAUUCGUCCUGUGUGCUUGCCCGAUGUUCAGGAAUGGGAUGAAGCACUUUUUAAUGGAACUAGCAAAAGACAUGGUGUAGUUGCAGGAUGGGGACUAACUAAAGAGCAGGGUGACAGGUCUCCAAUUUUGUUACAGGUACAUCUGCCAUUUCUCAAUGUAUCGAAGUGUCAAGAGGUGUACAAGCGUAUCAACCCUGUGUCUGAAAAGAUGUUAUGCACUUACCAUGAAGCAGGGACAGGCACAGCAAAGGAUUCUUGUAAGGGUGAUUCUGGUGGCCCCCUUGUAACGGAUGGUGCAGAGGGUCGUUGGACACAAGUUGGUGUGGUGAGCUUUGGGUACGGAUGUGGGAGGGAGGGGUACCCAGGUGUGUACACCAGGAUUACCCAGUAUUUACUCUGGAUAUACCUUAAUAUCAUUAAGACGGAAGUUACAGUAUUGUCUUAAAUAUUUGUUUAUAUAGAGGUCCCAUUGUGGUUCCAAGUUGCAUUCCUGGAGUCACAUUACUGUAUUGUAAUUUUGCCACAAACUGUAUUCAUUUCAUUCGUGUUUUCCACAUCUGAACAUCAUUUUCAUUAAGUGUCUAAUUAACCAGAAUUUUUAUCCAAAAUUCAGGUCACUUCAUUCGAAUUCUAUUCCCAUGUUUCCAUUAAAACACAUCCUCCAAAUUGUAUUCAUAUUCACCAAGAUCACAAUUUGUAAAAUGUGAUCCUGUAAGUACUGUCGGGAUUUUUUUUUUUUUUUUAAUUUUGAGAUUUUACGUUUUGUAGGUCGGAAUAUCCAAAUUGCAAUACUACCAUAUAAAGUUUCCUUUAAGCUUUGGAUCAUUGUAAUCUAAGCCUGGUUACAAAAUGUAUUUUAAAAAUAUAGCUAGGGUUUGAUGGCCCAUUUUGCAAUAAUUUUGAUUCAGCAGAGAAUGUAUUACAUACUCAUUUUUUCAGAUUUAGUAAUGAAUAUACUGGAAUGUUGAUAAUUUAAUUUUUUACUGGAACUGAAUACUGUACUGUUCAGUUUUUGCAGUAAUAUUUUGCUUUCAAGUUGGAUCAUUUUUUCUUGUGGAGAAAUGAGAAUCUAGGACAGCUGAAAAGCUUUUUACAACAUAUUUGUAACAAAACCAUUAAUUUAAAACUUGGUUUAGGUGAUUUUAUGUAAUAGACUUGAUUCAGUACUGAAUGAUUAGUCUGAUUUUAAGUGUACAUUGGGUGUUGAAAUGCUCGUAUUGAAAGUUUUUUAAGCUUUGAUUUUUUCCACAUUUUUAAUUUGAGCCGUCUGUUUGUUGCUGAUAAAUAAACUCUAAGUAGCUAUA